AUGGAGGAAUGUGUAAUGAAGAGUGUGGAUGCAGGCGAUAGGGCAGGAGGAGUGGCAGUGGCCAGGCAGCCCAGCUUCAAGAAAGAUUUCUGCCCCUGUGGCUGCAGGCACCUGGUGCACACCUGCCCCACCACGAUACUCAAGAGGAAGGUCCGCUCCACUGAGGGAUUGGCAAAGGAGGAGCCCAAGAGGAGGUCAUCAAGGUGGUCAGUUAAACCUGCUCCUGCAGAAGUGGAAACGAAGCCAAAAAAGGCAGCAGGAAAGGAUAAAUCUUCAGACAAAAAAGUGCAGACAAAGGGGAGAAGGGGAGCAAAGGGAAAACAGGCUGAAGUGGCUAACCAAGAAAUGAAGACUUAUCUGCAGAAAAAUGGAGAAACUGAAAAUGAGGAGCAUCCAGCCUCAGAUGAAGCAGGAGAAAAAAGCCAAUCAUUGCUGUUAUUCCUCAGAGCAGUGGGUCCCUCCAGCUGCAGAAUUCACAGCUGGGCAGACCUCCACCCACCACCUUGACCCUCUGUCUCUUCUGCCAGCAACAUUGUGCUGUUCUGCUGCUGGACCUGCUGACACUAGCUCCCACAGCCUCUCCAUGGCCCAAUCUACCCACUUUGAGUUACAUGGAUGGAUGUCUCAGGUUUCCUGGU